AUCCUCAAAUAUUCAAAACCAGUAUCUUAAUUUCGUUUCCCGCCCUAAACUGCUCAUCUUUUUGUCCUUCAAAUCAAACUCCUUCAAACCAAAACCCUCUCUCUUCUGAUCCAAAUUCUCCUCCAAUCUACAACAUCAAAAAAUCUUCAACCUUUACACAUUCACACACACAUCUAUACAUAUACAUAAAUGUCGACGUCGUCAGCUCGCCGGAUCAAAGACUCCGGCGGCGGCGGAGGAGGAGGGAAGGUCACGGCGGCGAAACCCUCCAAAACCCUAACCCCAGUUUUUGGAAAAGGCGGAGAGACUCUCAAGAAAUCCACCGGAAAAGAAAACCCUAGACCCAUUUCAACGGGUCGAGCUUCGGUGGCCGCGAUGUCUCAGAAGCCUGUGAUUCGGUCAAUUCCACGGAUCGAAAAGCCCUCAGCGAGUGCGGCCGGUGAAAGAGAUUCAGGGUUUCGAUCGUCUUCGUCGUCAGUGCCGAGAGGUAGGAGUUCUAGUCCGUCUGAAUUUAAUCGGGGUUUUUCAGAUUUUCGCAAUGGGAGGGUUUCUAGGGUUUCUUCUGGGGGUGAAUUUCAGCGAUCUGUGUCGAAUGGUAGGAAGAGUGUGAGUGGGGUUAGGGUUUCUGAGAGAAUUCAGCAAAAGACUGGAACUUUGAAGGAUUUGAAUACAAAAUCAAGUGAAGGAAGUGAGAAUAGUAGUAGGGUUUUGAAGGGGUACAAAAGUUCAGUGAAUGCUGAGGUGGGUAUGGAGAGAAGCAGUGAAAAACUUAAGCAAUGUGAAUCAAAGUAUAAAGCAAGUGCAGAAACUAGGGCUAGGGAUAGGGUUUCAGAUGAAUUUAAAGAUGUUAAUUUAAACUCAAGUUCAUCAAAAUCACGCGCAGAUAGUCGUGUUUCUAAGUCUAAUUUAGAUUCCAAUGUUAAAGUUAAUUAUUUUAGGGUUUAUGGGCAAUCAAAGGGGAGAUCUUGUGUUGAUCCGAAACCAAUUGUAGUUGAGAAGAGUGUGAAUUGUAUUGAUUCGGGUGUGAAAGAAUUGGGCCGAAGAUCUCUGAGUAGUUCAAGAAGAGGUUCAGAGGGCUUGAAACAGAAGGGUUUACCUGAAGAAGGUAUGGGUGGUGGGAGUAUCAAUAAAUAUCCAAGCAAGCUUCAUGAAAAGAUUUCAUUUUUGGAAGGGAAGGUUAAGAGGAUUGCAUCUGACAUUAAGAGGACAAAGCAGAUGUUGGAUAUGAAUAACCCAGAUGUGUCAAAAGUGAUAAUUUCAGAUAUUCAUGAAAAGAUUUCAGGGAUUGAGAAGGCAAUUGGACAUGUUGUUGAUGGAGCUGAUGGGAAGAUGGUUGUACCCAAAGCAACUGGAAAUGGUGAUCUACUGAGUAGAACUUCGGAUAAGAAUCAAAACAAGGAAGUGGAUCAUGUGAAAAGUUCUGUAAAAGGCUUGAAUACCGAAGAGCUAGAGGCUAGACUUUUUCCUCAUCAUAGGUUACUUAGAGACCGAACAUCAUUGAAAGUGUCAUCAGGAAGCAAUCAAAAUCAGCAGGCUGGUAUAGUGGAAUCUAGCUGUGAAUUGAAACCCAAAGAGAAGGUUUUGAGCCCCAUUGAUGAUAACCCCAUUGCAUUGGAGUUCUUGGCCUCCCUGGGCAAGGAGCAAUCUAAGGUUACAAGAAGGGGUGAAAAUGUUAGUUCGGAGAUCUCUGAAGUUCAAGAAACAGAAAGUACUGUGACUUCAGGAGCACAAGACUCUUCAAACAUGGCCAGUGUAGAAGGGCAUGUUGAGAUGAUUCCCACAACAAAUGAAACACUUGAUGAGUUUGAUGAUAAGGAGAAUAGACUGGAAAUGAUUAUUGAAGAGGAGACUGAGGAUAGUUUCAUUUAUCAGUUAAAUGAAAUUGGCUGUAAGACCUCAACCGGAGGAUGGUUUGUAUCUGAGGGUGAAGCUGUUCUUCUUGCUCACGAUGAUGGUUCUUGUUCCUUUUAUGAUAUUGCCAACUGUGAGGAGAAAGCUGAAUACAAGCCCCCUGUUGAAGUCUCACCUAAUGUAUGGAGAGAUUGUUGGAUAAUUCGCGCCGCUGGUGCAGACGGUUGUUCGGGAAGGUAUGUUGUGGCUGCCUCUGCUGGCAAUACAUUGGAUUCUGGAUUUUGCUCGUGGGAUUUCUACACUAAAGAAGUGCAAGCUUUUCAAAUUGAGGAUGUGGCUAUUAAUUCAAGAACUGCACUUGCUCCACUACCCAAUAACACCAUACAUAGAAGAAAUACUCUAUCUAUUGCCCCAGAAAACCGACAAUGGUGGUAUAAACCCUGUGGACCACUUAUCGUCUCAACGGCCAGCUGUCAGAAGGCUGUUAGAAUCUAUGAUAUCCGUGAUGGAGAGCAGAUCAUGAAAUGGGAGGUGCAAAAGCCUGUACUGGCAAUGGAUUAUUCAAGUCCUUUGCAAUGGAGAAACAGAGAAAAAGUGGUUGUAGCAGAGGCAGAAACUAUUUCUGUAUGGGACGUUAGCUCUCUCAAUCCUCAAGCACUACAUUCUGUUUCUUCAACUGGCCGAAAAGUGUCAGCGCUUCAUGUGAAUAACACUGAUGCUGAAUUGGGUGGAGGAGUAAGGCAAAGAGUAAGUUCAUCUGAUGCAGAAGGAAAUGAUGGAGUUUUCUGCACCCCAGAUUCCAUUAAUAUAUUAGAUUUCCGCCACCCAUCAGGCGUAGGGCUCAAGAUAUCCAAACUUGGUGUCAACGUGCAAUCUAUUUUCUCUCGUGGAGAUUCUGUUUUUCUUUGGGCGCACUAAUGCAGGUCAGCAGGAAAAAGUCAGCUUGCUCUCAGAUACAACAGUUUUCACUGCGCAAACAGAGGCUUUUCAGCACUUACUCUCUGCCAGAAUCAAAUGCUCACUCCUAUUACACAGCCUUAACACAAGUUUGGGGAAACUCAAACUUUGUCAUGGGAGUUUGUGGACUUGGGCUGUUUGUUUUUGAUGCCCUGAAGGAUGAUGAAUUGCAGCCUUUCUCCAUUGAUUACGGUAACAUGCAGAAAUUUAAAGAAAUUAUUGGACCAGAUGACUUGUAUUCCCCUUCUUUUGAUUACUUGGCAUCCCGUGUUCUCCUCAUAUCAAGAGAUCGCCCGUCUUUGUGGAGGUACUUGUCAUAACUGUGAUCUAUGCUUGAAGUCGUAUUUAACAUAUUUUGUUGAAAACAGAGAACCAUCAGAGCAUAGUAAAUGCUGCUGUUUAUGCGCUGUGCAUUCUGCGUCAAACAUUAGAAUAAUUUUGCUAUUUAUUCUAGUAGAACUCUUUCUUAUGUAAAAAAGUAGGGAUGUGCAUUAUGUUUACCAUUCUUAUAUCUUGCUUUUGAGGAUGUGAGUAAUUGAAGGCAGUUUUGAGUUUACCAGUAAUUGAUAUAAGGACACUAGGUUUUCAUUUGAAACCCAUUGCAGUUGUGAUGAGAACCCAUUUGAUAUUAACACUGGAUAGGAGUAAAACAUAUAUAAGUCUGACAGUUUUUCUUGUACGAGUAAGCAUAAGAAUAUGUUAUGCAAAGCUGUUAUGUGAUUGCAAAA